AUGUAUACUCUCCGUUCGAAGGAUGGGCUUUUCGCCAGCGGAGCCGCCCACGGUCGCUGCCGUCACAGGGUUGAGAGAACCGUCAGCGUUAGGGUUGCCCCGUACUAUUGACUUUUGGAGGCGAUCAGUGUUUAUUUAUGGAAGCUACAAGGCCGCUCAGCUGCGAUCAUUCUUCCUGAAAGCGACGGGCAAGAGCGAUGCUGAAGUACAUGAGGAGGUUUGGGUGCCACAGCACACAUGGGCUGGAGAGGAGAUGUAUAAUCUAUGCAUCGCUCUGCGAGGAUUUUAUCUGAAGGCGGGUCAAUUCAUUGGCUCUCGCAGCGACUUCGUCCCGGAGCAGAUAUGCAGGAAGCUAUCCCUCCUGUGCGACAAGGUGCCGCCCAUGUCGGCAGACGCAACCCGCGCUGCGCUUCAGCAGGAGCUGGGUGUCACGGAUCUAUCGCAGGUCUUCGAGUGGAUUGAUUUGGACCAGCCACUCGGAUCUGCUUCCAUCUCCCAGGUGCAUAAGGCCCGGCUGCGGCGCUUUAGCCGCGCGGAGCUGUCUUGCGCGAGUGCCAGUUUGCGGCGGCAGCGGCCCUCGGAGUAUCAGUUGGGCCAGGGGGAGGGGGCUUGGGAGGUCUGUAACGCGCUGGGCAUGAGCCUGCGGGAGCUGAAGGUCAUCAACAAAGGCGUUGACUUAGAACGGCUUCAGCCCGGGCAGACAAUACGUGUCAUAAAACCCAAGUCUCUGGCGUCCUAUGACGGCAGCGGCACUAGCACUAGCAGUGGCAGUAGCGGCUUGGAGACACGGGUGCCGGCUGUUGCAGCCCUUAUGCACGCCGUGGCGGCUGGAGAUGCCCCAAAGGACGGCCUCGUCGCGGUUAAGGUCCAAUACCCCAACGCGCUUCCCAUCAUGCAAGCUGACCUAGCCAACCUCCGCGCGGCGGCGUUCUUCCUGUCCAAAACAGAGCUCAAAUUUGACUUGGUCUCUGCAGUGGACGAGCUGAACAAACAGAUCCGGCUGGAGUUUGACUUCACACGGGAGGCCCGUGUCAUGGACACCAUUUCCGAGCACCUGCGGCCCCAAGCAUCCAGACUGCAAAUCCCGCGCUCUGUGGGCGGCCUCGUCACCCAGCGGACGCUUGUCAUGAGCUUCGUGGAGGGUGUGCCACUGCUCGAAGCCAGCUCUCGCGUCUCCCGAAUGUCGCCCCGGGCCCGGGACGCAGCCAAGCGCCUCAUCCUGAGCAGGGUUUCGGAGGCGUACGGAAGAAUGAUCUUUGGCGAGGGACUCUUCCAGGCUGACGGCCAUCCGGGCAACAUCCUCAUAGGCCGGGGCGGGCGAGUGGGGCUGCUGGAUUACGGACAGUCGAAGCAGUUGCCCGACCAACAGCGAAUGGCGUUCGCGGAACUGGUUUUGGCGUUACAUCGCGGCCGUGCGGCGGACAUCUCCUCCAGUCUUGGCAAGCUUGGAGUCGUAACAGAACGCAACGAUCCGGACAUCCGUACGGAAAUGGCGUACGGCAUGUUUGACACGCGGGGCAAGGUGGACCCCUUUGACCCGAACUCGCCCAUCAAGCGGUCGGCCAUCUCCACCUUUCCUCCGGAUAUGUUUUUCGUACUGCGUGUCGUACAGCUGCUCCGGGGUCUGGCCAACGGCAUGGGCAUCAACGACUUCUCCUGCGCACGCCAAUGGGCUCCCUUCGCCAAAGACACGCUGAGGCGCGCACGACGCGCGCCGGGGGAGACGCCGACCGACCUGGCUGCCGCUGCACAAGCGCGGACCGCACGCAAUACAGUUACACCAGAGCUGUACCCUGUGACUGCAUCCAGCGUUGCGAAAACGUUCUUACGGGAAAAGCAGCGCCUCAGGACUUCUCCAAUAGACGACGAUGGCUUUGAUACGCAAUAUCAGGAUGCAGAGCAGCCUUCUUCAAGCGGGUCUGGGUGUCCAGUCUACGUUAUGCUUCCCCUCGACACAGUCUGGGUCGUAGGGAACACAUCUGUAAUAAAGAAAGAGCGUUCGCUGGACAUUGCGCUUCAUACGCUGAAGCAGGCUGGCGUCGAGGGCGUAAUGGUAGAUGUCUGGUGGGGCUUCGUGGAGCGCGCCGGGCCUCGGCAGUACGAUUUCAGUGCAUACAAAAAGCUUUUUCGGAAAGUCGGGCAAGCGGGCCUUAAAGUGCAGGCGGUGAUGAGCUUUCACGCGGCAGGCGGUAAUGUCGGGGAUACCUGCAAAAUUUCAUUGCCAAAGUGGGUCCUUGAAAUCGGCGAGCGCAACUUGGACAUAUUCUACACGGACAAGGCAGGGUACAGGAACAGGGAGUGCCUGUCGCUUGGUUGCGACGACGUGCCGCUCUUCUGGGGCCGCACGCCAGUGCAGAUGUACGCGGACUUCAUAGACGCUUUCGCGAACAAGUUCCAGACCCUGUUUGGGUCGGUCAUAACGGAGGUCACGGUCGGGCUUGGGCCAGCGGGGGAGCUGCGAUAUCCGUCGUAUCCGGAGGGCGACGGGAGAUGGCGCUUUCCGGGCGUGGGCGAAUUCCAGUGCUACGAUAAGUACAUGCUGGAGAGCCUGAAGCGAGCAGCGGACAAAGCGGGGCAUCCGGAGUGGGGGCACGGCGGGCCGCACGACGCCGGGCACUACAAUAGCAGGAGCAACGAUACAGAGUUUUUCAAUACAUAUAAAGGCAGAUGGAAUUGGUCGUACGGGCGCUUCUUCCUCACGUGGUACAGCGACAUGUUGCUGCAACACGCGGACCGGGUGCUGACCGCGGCCGCUGAGGUGCUCAACAAGCACGGCCGACCCCGCGUCUUUCGGUCGAUGCGCGAUGCCUCCAACGGGCACGUCAUCUACGAGUUCGCGCCUGCUGUCAAGAUGGGCAUUAAGCUAGCGGGAGUGCACUGGUGGUACCGCUCCGACUCUCACGCAGCAGAGCUUACGGCGGGCUACUACAACACGCAUGAGCGGAACGGGUACAAGCCCUUCAUGGCCAUGCUGCGGCGGCACGACGCUUCCUUGAGCUUCACGUGCGUGGAGAUGCGGGACUGCGAGCACCCCGAGGAGGCCAAAUGCAGCCCACAGAUACUCCUCCAGCAGGUGAUUGAGGCUGCGGAGGAGUACGGGGUGCCGCUUUCGGGCGAAAACGCGUUGCAACGCUACGACGACUACGCGUUUGACCGGAUCGCGGAGAGUGCGUUUGGCCGCAGCGCGCGGGCAGGGCGGCUCACGCAGGUCACGUUUCUACGCAUGGGCGAUCUCAUGUUCGACAACUGGGACGCUUUUUCACGCUUCUUGAACCGCAUGCGGAACAAGGCAUGA